AUGACCGAUGUUUUUGAACUUCGAUGGGCGGCCGUAGACAGCUUGCGCCUUCUCUUCAGGCGGCGCCGGACCAUCAUUCGUCAGAGCGUUCAGGUCGCCCGAGGAAAAUUCGACGGGCAGCGGAGCGCCGGCAGCCUGCCUGCAGCCGCUAGCGAGCACCACGAAGGCGCAAAGCCUGACGGCGGUGUGUGGCAUGGAAGAGGAUGUCGAUCGACUGUGAGGCCUGCAAGGCCAACGAGGCGUCUCAAGGGAGAAAUUUGCGUCACAUCGGGCGAUAUCGCCAACCGCGCGCUCGCGGCUGUCGCCGCCGCCUGCGUGCCCGGCGCGAAGGCUGUCGACUUGUGCAACAUCGGGGACGCGUACAUCAACGAGGCUGUUUCCAAGAUCUACAACCAGAAGAAGGAGGGCAAGAAGCUGGGUGUGGCGUUUCCGACGUGUGUGUCCGUCAACAACUGCGUGGGCCACUACUCGCCGCUGACGUCAGAGGACAAGGUGGUGCUCGAGGAUGGCGAUAUGGUCAAGAUUGACCUGGGCGUGCACGUCGACGGCUACGUUGCCGUCGUCGCGCACACUGUGCUGGUGGGCGAGCAGGACGUGUCGGGGCGCAAGGGCGACGUGCUCAUGGCGGCGUGGACGGCGGGCGAGGUGGCGCAGCGUAUGCUCAAGGAUGGAGCCACUAACAACGACAUCUCCCAGGCGAUUGCCAAGGUGGCGGAGAGCUACCAGUGCUCACCCGUCGAGGGUGUGCUCUCUCAUCAGAUGAAGAAGCAUGUGAUUGACGCGAACAAGAAGAUCAUCAACAAGAUCACGCCGGAGCAGCAGGUGCCUAAGGCCACCAUAACCAAGAACGACGUCUUCGCGAUCGACGUCGUCAUGAGCACCGGCGAGGGCAAGCCGAAGCAGCUGGAGGAUCGGACCACCGUCUUCAAGCGCAACGUGGAGGUGAGGACAUACUCGCUGAAGAUGAAGGCGUCGCGCGCCUUCUUCUCAGAGGUCAACCAGCGCUUCCCGACGAUGCCGUUCACGCUGCGCGCGGGCAACGAGAGGGAGUGGCGCAUGGGUGUCACCGAGUGCGUGAAGCACGACCUCUUCAUCGAGUACCCCGUGCUGUACGAGAAGAAGGAGGAGUUCGUCGCGCAGUACAAAUUCACAGCGCUGCUGCUUCCGUCCAACAAGACGGCGCGCAUCACCUCGGGGCCUGCGCCGACGGCGACGAGCGAGCACUCUGUGCAGGACGCUGAGCUUGUCGAGCUGCUGGCACAAUCAACCGAAGACAAGAAGAAGGCGAAGAAGUAG